AUGUGGUCGCUUCUGGGCGGUGUCUGCACCGGCGGCUACGUGGCCGUCGCCGUGCUCAUCGAGAAGGUCAAGACCAAGCUACCGGCUAAGCUCACGGGCAAGGACCUCUGCAAGCGCGGGACGCCGGCGGGCGACGUGCCCAUCCCCGAGGCGCUGGGCAUUGUCUCUGGGUUGGUCUUUGUCGUCCUCGCGACGCUCCUCACGUUCUUCAUCGAGACGCAUCAGUCGAGCAUGCGCUGGGGCAUCGCCUCGAUCACCGCCAUGAUCGUGCUCGGCUUUUGGGACGAUCUGCAUGAUCUCAAGUGGCGCCACAAACUGCUCUUUCCGCCGCUAGCGACGAUUCCAGUGCUGUUGCACUACUCGGGCCUAACAGCCGUCGUCAUCCCCAAGCCUCUUCGCGGCCUCAUCGCCGAGUCGAGCCCGCUCCAUGGCGUCCUCUCGCUCCUCUUCGAAGUCUCGGCGCAAGGCGAAAUCAUCGAUCUGGGUUGGAUCUACUAUGUCUACAUGGGCAUGAUGGCGGUCUUCUGCACGAACGCCAUCAACAUUUAUGCCGGCAUCAACGGCCUCGAAGCGGGCCAGUCGUUUGUGAUUGGGCUUGCGGUUGUGAUUCAAAACGUCAUUCAGAUCUACCGCGGUCACGACGGCGAUCAGUAUCAUUACUUUUCACUCGUGCUCAUGCUGCCAUUCCUCGCCACGACGCUCGGUCUGCUCCGCUAUAACUGGUACCCGUCGCGGGUGUUUGUGGGCGACACCUUUUGCUACUACGCCGGCAUGACGUUUGCUGUCGCGGGCAUUUUGGGGCAUUUUUCCAAGACGCUCUUGCUGUUUUUCGCGCCCCAAAUUCUCAAUUUCCUCUACUCGAUGCCGCAGCUCGUCAAGCUCGUGCCGUGUCCGCGCCACCGCCUUCCAAAGUUCAACGCUGCGACCGGCAACCUCGAGCCGUCCACGAUCACGCCCGAGUCGACGCGGAGCAACUACACGGUGCUCAACCUCUUCCUCGUCGUCUUUGGCCCAAUGCCCGAGCGCACCUUGGUCGUGCUCCUCCUGACGUUUCAAGUGUUUUGCUGUGCGCUAGCCUUUGGCAUUCGCUACGGCCUCAGCAGCCUCUUUUACGACGCUGUGCACUAA